UGGUCGGACAGCAAUGCCUGCUAGGCGCAGUAUACACACUAGACACAAUCAAUCGAAUGCCUAUUCGAAAUAAAAUGGCGGCGUUCAUACGAAGCAUGGGCUGUCGUCUCUUGGCAUCAGAAGUUAGCGCUACAUUCAUUACAAGUAAACAGAACCCGUGUAUCGACUUGAAGAGAUACGUACGCGCAUUAAGACGCCGUCCAGUGAAGGUGUUGUACCCAGAGGAUGAAGUCGAAAAGCGGACAGAAACAAAACAAAACAAUGUCAGAGUCGUUGACCAGCGGUCAGAGCCCCACCAGACCUAUGUUGCAAUGAAGUCGGGUGGGAAAAACAAACAGAAAACAGAGAUCAAUGAGUUUGUAAACUCGGAUGUCUGGAGGGAUCCUAAACGAAGCGUGAAAGCGACGACAGACAAAAUCUCUGUUGAUGAUGAGCUGGCCGGAUUGCGAUAUGAAAAGGCCUUCCCUGGCGACAAGAGAUUGGCGAGAGCUGUGAGCGUUGCACGCUCCAGGAAGUUUCGGGAACAACAGGGAAAGGUGCUCCUAGAGGGGAAGCGUCUGAUCUGUGACGCCCUGGCGGCAGGGGGCAUUCCGCAGAUUCUGUUCUUCAGCACAGUGGAGCGGCUGCGUGAGCUGCCUCUGGAACAGCUGCGGCGCGCCAGCCUGGUUAAAGUGAAAUUUGAGGACAUCAAGAUGUGGUCCGACCUUGUGACACCGCAAGGAGUUAUGGCUAUAUUUGCGCGUCCAGAUGCGUCUAGGCUAGUCUUCCCGCCAGAACAGCGCAACCAGUCGGUGCCGCUUUACCUGAUCUGUGACAAUGUGCGUGACCCUGGAAACGUUGGCACCAUUCUGCGUUGUGCGGCUGCUGCAGGCUGUCAAAGCGUGCUGCUAACCAAGGGCUGCGUGGAUGUCUGGGAGCCGAAAGUACUACGAGCAGCGAUGGGCGCCCACUUUCGUGUUCCCAUCAUUCCCAACCUGGACUGGGAAGUUAUCCCCAAGUACCUCCCGACCACGGUGACUGUCCACCUGGCUGACAAUUGCAGUGGAACGGAGACGGAUGAAGACAAGGAGUCAUCCGGGCCACCAAAAAAAGCUGGGGACUACGGUUGGGUGAGCAGCAGGCCCAACCGCAAGAACAUGCGGUACGAGGAAUACGGUGCCGAGUACGAGUCGGAUUCUGACGAGGAGGAGGAGGAGGAACGCCCCAAGCUCUCUCUCCCAGCCGUAGAGAGCCAGCUUUACCACGCAAACUGGGUCCAGAGUCACACCGCGCUCGUGAUUGGUGGAGAGACUCACGGACUCAGCCUGGAAGCCCUUCAGUUAGCUGAGAGAACUGAUGGCAGAAGGCUCUGUGUUCCCAUGGUUACAGGGGUGGACAGUCUAAACUGUGCUAUUGCGGCUGGCAUUAUUCUGUAUGAGGGCAAGCGACAGCUUACAAUACUUGCAGGGCAGGCUGGAGAGAAAUCAAGAAUCAAAAUGCCAUGACCGUGACUCAUUUGUGUUUUUGCGUUUUCUGUAUUCAGCAUCAUGAUUGUGUAUAAAUUCUUUGACUCAGCUUCAGGGCUUGUAUUGGUUUGUGUCUGUUUAUAUUGUUAAUCUCACCAUUUCUCUCAUAAUCUAUUUUUUCAGAGAAAUAAGGCCUCCAUACUCACUUCAAGGAUUUCUGUUCCCUGAACUGAAUCAUGUGCUAACAAUACGUCUUCAUGUGUUAGCUAAAGGGACUACGUAAACUGCAGGCCAAAUUACAUGCUAUAAAUAUU